UCACCUCGCCCCGCCACGCGCACACCGACACUUCUCCCCCGCAUUCUCUCACCCACCCACACCGCGCGCCACAGAUCUCGCCGCAGCCAUGGCCGCCGCCGCGCGCCGCCUCCUCCUCCUCGCCAUCGCCGUCGCGGCGGUGUCCCUCGCGCCCCGCGCCGCGGCGGAAAUCAGGACGGAGGCCUUCCGUGAGGACCCGAGGCCCACCAUCCUGUUCGAGAAGUUCGGGUUCUCCAAGACGGGCGCGGUCAGGAUCGUCAUCACCGGCGCCGGCAUCUCCUCGACGUUCGCCCGCCCGGACCCCAAGCAGCUCGGGUUCUUCCUCCUCUCCGACGAGUCGAUGUUCCAGGCCAUCUACGAGGCGCAGGCGCGGCGGCCGCCGGAGAGGCGGGAGGAGGUGGCGGGCGGCGGCGCCGACGAGCCCGACGUCUCCCGCUGCAUCCUCACGAGCCCCUACGUCAAGACGCUCUUCACCUUCCACGACCUCAAGCGCGGCCACUACAACAAGACGUUCCCGGUCACCCACCCCGACGAGUACAGCCUCUACUUCGCCAACUGCGCGCCGGAGUCGCUCGUCACCAUGAGGGUGCGCACCGAGAUGUACAACGGAAACGCCGACGGCUCCGUCGACUACCUCCCCGUCGGCCAGGCGCCCGUGCCGGCGAUCUACGGCUUCUUCGCCGCCUGCUACGCCGCGUUCCUCGCCGCCUGGGGGUACCUCACGCUCUCCUCCCGCGACCACCGCGCCGCGGCGCACCAGAUCCACCACCUCAUGUCGGGCCUCCUCGCCGCGCGCCUGCUCUACUGCCUCUCCGCCGCCGAGGACCAGCACUACAUCCGCGUCACGGGGACGCCGCACGGCUGGGACGUCGCGUUCUACCUCUUCCAGCUCGUCAAGGGCGUCGUCCUGUUCGCGGUGAUCGUGCUCGUCGGCACGGGGUGGUCGUUCCUCAGGCCGGUCUUGCAGGACAGGGAGAAGAAGGUGCUCAUGGUGGUGAUCCCGCUGCAGGUCAUGGCCAACAUCGCGUCCGCCGUGAUUGGGGAGACCGGCCCGUUCUUGCAAGGGUGGGUGACAUGGAACCAGAUCUUGCUGUUCGUCGACGUCGCCUGCUGCUGCGCCGUGCUCUUCCCGGUCGUCUGGUCGAUGCGAUCGCUCCGGGAGACGUCCAAGACUGAUGGCAAGGCAGCGCGGACUCUAUCGAAGCUCACCCUGUUCCGGCAAUUCUACAUUGUGGUGAUCGGUUACCUAUACUUCACUAGGAUCGUCGUGUAUGCGCUCAAGACCAUUGCCAGUUACCAGUUCCGGUGGGUGAGCGUCUUGGCCGAGGAGGUGGCCACAUUGGCAUUCUACCUCUUCAUGUUCUACACAUUCAGACCGGCCGAGAGGAGCAGAUACUUUUCGUUCGACGAAGAUGAGGAGGAGGCUGCUGAGAUGGUGCUCCGGGAAGAGGAAUUCGAGCUUUGAUGAGUUGCGGCGAUUCGCAGCAAUGGCGGCUGCCUGGCAAUUGGAAAAUCUGCUCACCUUGUUCAUUUGAUCUCUUCUCCCUGUGAGAUUUAGCACACCAUACAAAUUUCAGGAAUAUAGCUCAUUGUCUUGUAUUUACUACAGGGAUGUAAGAUUGUUUUGUUCCUCUCUCCUUGUAGCUUCAAAUUUUACUGAUGAGACUCAGGAUACUAAACUGGACAUGUACAAGAAGGUUUCUUGCUUGGAGGGCAAUGUGGAAGGAAGGAAUUAAUUCAGCAUGUACUAUUGCUUAGGGAAACCUUCAAGCUGUCUGCAUUUUGUGUACAAAUUCUCCAUUGUUUUCUUGCUUGGAGGGCAAUGUGGAAGGAAGGAAUUAAUUCAGCAUGUAUUAUUGCUUAGGGAAAGCUUCAAGCUGUCUGCAUUUUGUGUGGUAGACAGUCCUUUCACUUGGCAUGUUUGACUUCAGGUGCUCCUUCUGUUAUACGGAGUACUAUACAUUCAGUAGUAUCAGUUAGUUCUUUGAUGUGAUGAUCAA